GGCUUUUGAGAGUGUUUUCUGCACUCCAUCCCCAGCAGAUGUCCACAACAGACCUCCUCAUUCUCUGGAAGUGAAGAAACCAGCAGAGGAACAGCCAACAUGGUCCCUAAUCUGACCGGAUAUUGGAAAAUGAUUUCCAAUGAUAACUUCGAGGAGUAUCUGAAAGCUCUGGAUGUAAACAUUGCCAUCAGGAAAAUUGCCACCUUGCUGAAGCCUGACAAGGACAUCGUUCACGAGGGCGACCACAUAAUCAUCAAGACUCUCAGCACCUUCAAAAACUACAACAUGGAUUUCUACGUGGGCCAAGAGUUUGAGGAGGAUCUGUCUGGAGUGGACGACAGGAAAUGCAUGACCACCAUCACCUGGGAGGGGGACAGGCUGGUGUGUGUGCAGAAGGGAGAGAUCGAAGGGAGAGGCUGGACCCACUGGGUGGAGGGAGAUGAGCUUCAUCUGGAGCUGAGAGCUGCAGGAGUUGUUUCCAAGCAGGUCUUCAAGAAGACUUAAAGCAGCUUUCAGUGGACAGUCUGGUGCCCGCACCAAAAACUGGCUCAGAGAGACACAUCAGGAACAACCUCUUCCUCUAACAUACAGUCCGACUUUCCUUUUAUCCCUCCGGCCUGUCUGUGUGUCCAUGUUACUGUAGUGAAUUCACCAAACACACGUUUCUGUUCCAUCAUGCUGUUGCCUUACUUUGCCAAAGGAAUUUCUUUGUAGCACAAAUGGGCAAGUUGACAUAUAACACCACAAAAUUCAAUGCUGUGUAUUUUAUUAGCAGGUUUAGAUGUGCUGGACGCAUGCGUAAGUGCCAUAGCUGUAGCUGAUCUGAUGGGCGAGCCAGCUGGGAAUGUUGUGGAUGCAGUGAAGAGAAAUGUACUGACUUAGUUUUGUAAAUGAUUACAGCUGAAGGCGCCCUGUUUGGUAAGAGCAGAACUUGGCUGAGAUGCUCAGUCUCCAGAAUAAAAAUGUUACAUGUAUUUGUCCCAGUUCCUUUAAGACUGUGGCUGCGAAAGUUGAAUCAAUCAAUAAAUGAAGCCGUUCUAAACCA